AUGGACCAGCCUUCAAAAAAAAGAGUCUCCAAAGCAUGUGACGCGUGCAAAAGAAAGAAAGUGCGCUGCAACAGGGAGACGCGCUGCCAGCAAUGUGCGUAUCUGGGUCUCCGGUGCAUCUACUCGCCGUCUAGCAAGCAAAGGUCACAGGGCAAGAGAGGUCACAUCAUUGCGGAAUUCAGGAAUCAAACGUCCAACUCACCAACGAUUUCACCACCGAUAUUACCUUCGCGUCCAGGACAAGUCGGCUUUCAGGCGUCGUAUAGUCCCAUUUCGCCGACGGUUGAACGCACCGGAGCCGAAUCUACAUCUCCCGUAUCUUCAUUCACGUCGCAGUACAGCAAGGCAUUCUUUCUCGACCUCAUACUAGAUUACAUCGAUAGAGUUUACCCUGCCCAUCCGGUCAUUACCCAAUAUGAGCUCAGAAAGUACAUCGAGAUUAUGGACACCAACCAAGAUGUUCGCUCAUUUGUAACAGACGAAGUCGUUCAGACCAUUGAGAGCCUCAUGGACUAUUCGAUCGAAAACAUGAGACCAGCUCACACGCAUUUCCACUUCUCAGUGAUGUGGGCCGUGCAGUCCAUGUUCAUACACAACUACCUAAUGAGCCGGCAACGCAGCGACGCCGCGUUCUACUACAUGAGGGAUGCGAUUUCGAUCAUCCAACUCCUGAAAAUAGACAACCCAAAAAAUGCGGCUCAGAUAUCGCCUCCGGAGCGGUCUCGAAGACAGCGGCUGUACUGGCAAGCAUACAUACACGAGCGUUUUCUAGCUAUCUUGCACUAUCGACAAGCCAUUCUGCCCCCGCUCUACACCCUACCUGAAGACGAUCCUACACUUUCGAUACAAGUUCACGAAGGCUUUAACCAAACCAUCAAACUCUUUCGACUGUUGGAUAGGGAAUUUCUCAACAGCUGGCUUGAUUCGCAAGGAGGCAGCGUCACCAGCACCUGGGUCGAGGCCAAAUCGCGCGAGCUCGACGGUGACCCGGAAGCCGAUGCCAGACUCCGCAACAAUCAAUUAAGCGGGUCCUAG